AAAAUGAAGUCAAAGUCAAACGUUUAAUAACGUUUUGUGUUUUGAUUGAAAUAAAAGUAGUUAAUUAAAACUAAUAAAAAAUAAUUUGAAUAAAAUUUUGCUAUUUAUUUCGUAAUUCAUAAUGGCGGAUGCCGCAGCCCGCCAGCUGCAAUACGAGUACAAAGCGAAUUCGAAUCUUGUAUUGCAAGCUGAUGUUCGACUUAUCGAAAGACGAAGUCGAGAUGAAGCAACGGGAGAAGUUAUGUCCCUUGUGGGGAAACUUAGUGGAACGCGUAUGGGAGAUCGACAUCAAAGAACAAAACCCGGUAAAGCUGAAGAACGUAAAGCAAAGCGUCAAAAACGAGAUGAAGCUCAAUAUGAUUUUACACGAAUGAAAGGUGCCACACUUCUUUCAGAAGGUGUUGAUGAAAUUGUUGGUAUUGUAUAUCGCCCUAAAACACAAGAAACUCGACAAACUUAUGAAGUAUUAUUAAGUUUCAUUCAAGAGGCUCUUGGUGAUCAGCCUCGUGAUAUAUUAUGUGGAGCUGCAGACGAAGUAUUAGCUGUAUUGAAAAAUGACCGUUUAAAAGAACGUGAAAAGAAAAAGGAAACUGAAAUGUUACUUGGUCCAUUAGCUGAUGAACGAUUUGCUUUACUUGUAAAUUUAGGUAAAAAAAUCACAGAUUUUGGAUCGGAUGAAAAAAUGCAAACAUCUGAAGAAAAUAUCGAUGAAGCAUAUGGUAUUAAUGUACAAUUUCAAGAAGAAUCCGAGGAGGAAGACGAUGAAGAGGAAGAAUUUGGUGAAGUUCGUGACGAACAAGAUGAAGAAGAAGGCGAAGAAGCACGUUUAGAUGGCACAAUUCAUGCAGAAAAUUUAAUUGGGGGUACAGAAGAAAUGAAAAAAGAAAAGUCACUACAUCCAUUAGAUAUUGACGCAUAUUGGCUUCAAAGACGUUUAUCAAAAAUUUAUGAUGAUGCUAUGGUGUCACAAGCGAAAGCUGCAGAAGUACUAUCAGUUUUAAAAGAUGCUGGCGAUGAUCGUGAUUGUGAAAAUCAAUUGGUACUAUUAUUGGGAUACGACUGUUUCGAUUUCAUUAAACAGUUAAAGAAAUAUCGUCAAAUGAUUUUAUACUGUACAAUGUUAGCUUCAUCUCAAAGUGAUACCGAACGACAAAAUAUUCGCACUAAAAUGAACGAUGAUCCACUAUUAGCGAAAAUUCUUCGUCAAUUGGAUACAGGAAAAGGUGAAGAUGAUGGUCAUGAAGAAACUGCGUCACAUUCACGUAAAAAAGAUCGUCAUGAUGAUGGUGGGGACGGAAACGCUGGUCAAAUAUCUGGCAGUCGUACAAUUGUCGAUUUAGAAGAUUUAGUAUUUACCCAAGGCUCACAUUUUAUGGCAAAUAAACGUUGUCAGUUACCAGAUGGUUCGUUUCGUAAACAACGUAAAGGUUAUGAAGAGGUUCAUGUGCCUGCGUUAAAACCGAAACCGUUUGGCGAGAAAGAAAAAUUACAACCGAUUGAUCAAUUACCAAAGUAUGUACAACCUGCUUUUGAAGGAUUCAAAACUUUGAAUCGUAUACAAAGUCGUCUUUACAAGACUGCUUUAGAUUCGGACGAAAAUCUAUUACUAUGUGCUCCAACCGGAGCAGGUAAAACAAAUGUUGCUCUAUUAUGUAUGAUGCGAGAAAUUGGAAAACAUAUUAAUGCGGACGGCACAAUAAACGCUGAUGAAUUUAAAAUUAUUUAUGUUGCUCCAAUGCGAUCUUUGGUACAGGAAAUGGUGGGAAAUUUCGGGAAACGUUUAGCAAAUUAUAAUCUUACGGUAUCUGAAUUAACUGGUGAUCAUCAACUGACACGGGAACAAAUAGCCGCUACACAAAUUAUUGUUUGUACACCAGAAAAAUGGGAUAUUAUUACACGAAAAGGAGGCGAGAAAACAUUUACAAAUUUAGUUCGAUUGAUAAUUAUUGAUGAAAUCCAUUUAUUACACGACGAACGUGGCCCCGUGUUAGAAGCUUUAGUUGCACGAACAAUUCGUAAUAUUGAAGCAACACAAGAAGAUGUACGAAUUGUUGGAUUAUCAGCCACUUUACCAAAUUAUCAAGAUGUCGCUACAUUCUUAAGAAUCAAACCUGAAACUGGUUUAUUUUAUUUUGAUAACAGUUUUCGGCCAGUCGCUUUGGAACAACAAUAUAUUGGUGUAACUGAAAAGAAAGCUUUGAAACGUUUUCAAGUAAUGAAUGAAAUUGUUUAUGAAAAAACUAUGGAACAUGCUGGUAAAAAUCAAGUAUUAAUUUUUGUACAUUCACGUAAAGAAACUGGUAAAACAGCCCGGGCCAUACGUGAUAUGUGCUUAGAAAAAGAUACACUUGGGCAAUUUUUACGUGAAGGAUCAGCUUCCAUGGAAGUAUUACGUACGGAAGCUGAACAAGUUAAAAAUCACGAGCUUAAAGAUUUAUUACCAUAUGGUUUUGCUAUCCAUCAUGCCGGUAUGACUCGAGUUGAUCGUACUUUAGUUGAAGAUUUAUUCGCUGACAGACAUAUUCAAGUGUUAGUAUCUACAGCUACACUAGCUUGGGGUGUAAAUUUGCCAGCGCAUACCGUUAUUAUUAAAGGUACUCAAAUAUAUAAUCCAGAAAAAGGACGAUGGGUUGAAUUAGGAGCAUUGGAUGUCUUACAAAUGUUAGGUCGAGCUGGUCGACCACAGUACGAUACUAAAGGUGAAGGUAUUUUGAUAACAAAUCACAGUGAACUCCAAUAUUAUUUAUCACUCUUGAAUCAACAAUUGCCUAUCGAAUCACAAAUGGUUCUAAAAAUGCCAGAUAUGAUGAAUGCUGAAAUUGUCCUUGGAAACGUACAAAACAUCCGUGAUGCUGUUACAUGGCUCGGAUAUACUUAUUUGUAUAUUCGAAUGUUACGUCAACCGACUCUUUAUGGUAUUUCACACGAUAAAGCUAAAGAAGAUCCUUUAUUAGAACAACAUCGAGCAGAUUUAGCACAUACAAGUGCACUUCAUCUUGAACGAAGUGGAUUAUUAAAAUAUGAUCGAAAAUCUGGAAAUUUCCAAGUAACUGAAAUUGGUAGAAUUGCGUCUCAUUAUUAUUGUACACAUGAAACUAUGUCAACUUAUAAACAACUAUUGAAACCGACUUUAAGUGAAAUUGAACUGUUUCGUGUAUUCUCAUUAUCCGGUGAAUUUAAGAAUAUUACAGUUCGUGAAGAGGAGAAAUUAGAGUUACAAAAAUUAAUGGAACGUGUACCCAUUCCAAUUAAGGAGAGUAUCGAAGAAUCCAGUGCUAAAGUGAAUGUAUUAUUACAGGCAUAUAUUUCACAGUUGAAACUUGAAGGAUUUGCGUUAAUGUCCGAUAUGGUUUAUGUGACCCAAUCUGCAGCUCGUUUAAUGCGAGCUAUCUACGAAAUUGUUUUACAUAGAGGUUGGGCCCAACUCGCUGAUAAAGCAUUAACUUUAUGUAAAAUGAUUGAUCGUCGUAUGUGGCAAUCAAUGUCUCCGUUACGACAGUUUCGUAAAAUGCCUGAAGAAAUUGUGAAAAAAAUUGAAAAGAAAAAUUUCCCUUGGGAACGAUUAUAUGAUUUAGGUCCAAAUGAAAUUGGUGAAUUAAUACGUGUACCAAAAUUAGGGAAAACAAUUCAUAAGUACGUUCAUCAAUUUCCAAAAUUAGAAUUAUCAACACAUAUUCAACCGAUUACAAGAUCAACUUUACGCGUUGAAUUGACGAUAACACCCGAUUUUCAAUGGGAUGAUAAAUUACAUGGAGAUUCUGAAGCAUUUUGGAUUUUAGUUGAAGAUGUUGAUUCAGAAGUGAUUUUACAUCAUGAAUAUUUCUUAUUAAAAUCAAAAUAUGCAGCUGAUGAACAUCUAAUCAAAUUCUUUGUACCGGUUUUUGAACCGUUACCACCUCAAUACUUUUUACGAAUUGUUUCGGAUCGUUGGAUCGGUGCUGAAACUCAAUUACCUGUUUCGUUUAGACAUUUAAUUUUACCAGAAAAAAAUUUACCACCAACUGAAUUAUUAGAUUUACAAGCUUUACCAGUUACAGCACUACGUAAUUCGAAAUUUGAAUCUUUGUAUUUGGAUAAAUUUCCACAGUUUAAUCCAAUACAAACUCAAGUAUUUAAUGCGGUUUAUAAUAGUGAUGAUAAUGUAUUUAUUGGAGCUCCAACCGGAUCUGGCAAAACUACAAUUGCAGAAUUUGCUGUUUUACGAUUAUUUUCACAGAAUCCUGAAGGACGAUGUGUUUAUUUAGUAUCGAAAGAUGCUCUGGCUGAAUUAAUAUUCGCUGAUUGGUAUAAUAAAUUUGGACAACUUCUAGGGAAAAAAGUUGUUUUAUUAACUGGCGAAACAGGUACUGAUUUAAAAUUAAUUGCGAAAGGACAAGUUAUAAUAACGACUGCUGAGAAAUGGGACGUACUAUCACGUCGUUGGAAACAACGUAAAAACGUUCAAAAUGUACAAUUAUUUAUCGCUGAUGAAUUACAAUUAAUUGGUGGAGAAGAUGGACCGAUUUUAGAAGUUGUAUGUUCACGAAUGAGAUAUAUAUCAUCUCAAAUCGAAAAACAAAUUCGUAUUGUUGCUUUAUCAUCAUCGUUAGCUGAUGCUCGAGAUGUAGCUCAAUGGUUAGGUUGUAAUGCGAACGCUACAUUUAAUUUCCAUCCAAGUGUUCGACCAGUUCCAUUAGAAUUGCACGUACAAGGUUUUAACAUUACCCACAAUGCAUCUCGAUUAAUUGCGAUGGCUAAACCAGUUUAUAGUUCAAUUAUAAAAUAUAGUGCUCAUAAACCAGCAAUAGUAUUUGUUCCAACACGAAAACAGGCUCGAUUAACAGCUAUUGAUUUAUUGACAUAUGCGGCAACUGAAGGACAACCUAAUCGAUUCUUCCAUGCUGAAGAAGAGGAUAUUAAACCAUUUUUAGAUCGAAUGUGUGAUAAAACGUUAAAAGAAACAUUAUCGCAAGGUGUUGCAUACAUUCAUGAAGGUUUAUCUGCAAGUGAUCAUCGCUUGGUUGAACAAUUGUUCGAUUCGGGUGCCGUUCAAAUAGCGGUCGUUACUCGCGAUCUUUGUUGGAGUGUUAAUAUUCUAGCACAUUUAGUUAUUGUUAUGGAUACACAAUUUUAUAAUGGAAAAAUCCAUGCUUACGAAGAUUAUCCAAUAACGGAUGUACUUCAAAUGAUUGGACGCGCAAAUCGUCCACUUGAAGAUGAUGACGCGGUUUGUGUAUUAAUGUGUCAAAAUUCGAAAAAAGAUUUCUUUAAAAAGUUCUUAAAUGAAUCGUUACCCGUUGAAAGUCAUUUAGAUCAUCGUAUGCAUGAUCAUUUCAAUGCGGAAAUUGUUACAAAAACAAUUGAAAAUAAACAGGAUGCUGUGGAUUAUUUAACAUGGACAUUUUUAUAUCGACGAUUAACACAAAAUCCAAAUUAUUAUAAUCUUCAAGGUGUUACACAUCGACAUUUAUCUGAUCACUUGUCAGAGCUUGUUGAGAAUACGUUGAGUGAUUUAGAACAAUCGAAAUGUAUUAGUGUUGAAGAUGAAAUGGAUUGUCUACCAUUGAAUUUGGGCAUGAUUGCUGCAUAUUAUUAUAUCAACUAUACUACCAUAGAAUUAUUUAGUUUAUCAUUAAAUAAUAAAACAAAAAUCCGUGGUCUUUUGGAGAUUGUAUCAUCUGCCGCUGAAUACGACGACGUGCCAAUAAGACAUAAAGAGGACAACUUAUUACGUAGUCUAGCUCAAAGGCUUCCAAACAAGAUAACUGGAACAGGUGGAGCACCACCCAAAUACAAUGAUCCACAUAUCAAAACAAAUUUAUUGUUACAAGCACAUUUAACGCGAUUACAGUUGGGUGCUGAAUUACAAGGGGACACUGAAGUGAUAUUAAGUAAAGCUAUACGAUUGAUUCAAGCUUGUGUUGAUGUAUUAAGUUCCAAUGGAUGGUUAUCACCGGCUGUAGCUGCUAUGGAACUUGCACAGAUGGUAACGCAAGCUAUGUGGAGUAAAGAUUCAUAUCUAAAACAAUUACCUCACUUUACGCCUGAAAUUAUCAAACGUUGUACGGAUAAGAAAGUAGAAACUGUUUUCGACAUUAUGGAAUUAGAAGACGACGAUCGAUCCAAAUUACUUCAAUUAAACGAUGCUGAAAUGGCUGAUGUUGCAAGGUUCUGUAAUCGUUAUCCAAAUAUUGAACUUAGUUAUGAAGUUUUGGAAAAUGAUCGUAUUCAUUCAGGAUCAUCCGUUAAUGUUGCUGUACAAUUAGAAAGAGAAGAUGAGGUUACUGGACCUGUAAUUGCACCAUUUUAUCCACAGAAACGUGAAGAAGGUUGGUGGGUGGUUAUUGGCGAUCCAAAAUCAAAUUCAUUACUAUCUAUAAAACGUUUAACAUUGCAACAGAGAGCUCGUGUAAAAUUAGAUUUUAUUGCACCAAGUCCUGGACAUCAUAAUUACACGUUAUAUUUUAUGAGUGAUUCGUAUCUUGGAUGCGAUCAAGAAUAUAAAUUUUCAAUUGAUGUUGGUGAUUUUGAAUCUGAUGAAAGCAGUGCUGAAUCAGAUUAAAUUAUCUUUAAUUCAAAGCCACAAUUAUUGCAUCAUAGCAGUCUUGAUUCCCUGGAAUUAAUAAGUAUAUUUAGCAGGAGUUAGAAUUAAAUUAUUUUUAUUGUUCUUGCGUUAAUAAUACUUUUGAAGUGAAUUUCUAAGAAUCGAUUUCAAGCUGUUGCAAGGGCAAUCUUUUUUCAUAUUAAUAUUAACAAUAAAACAUUUUUGAUCAAUUAUUUCUGGAGAGAAGUAUUGUGUAUUAUUUUGUACAUAGAUUUAUUUUAAUAAAAUUAUGAAAAGU